UCGAGACUUACGACAGCACGUGAAAAGUGGUGAUACGGUAAUUCGGUGACUACGCGUGAGUGCUAAAAUUGAGUGAAAAGCUACGAUAGCGUACAAGAUCGUUCAUGCAAAUCUGGUGCGUCGACAAGUGCGAAUGUGCGGCUAAGCUUUUGUUUGCCAAAAAAGGCGGGAGUGCAGAACGACUCAAACACUCGUUGUGGACGGUUGAAAUUGCACGCGCAGCCAGUCAGCCGCUUCGAAUCCGAUUUAUCCCGAACGUUCAAAGUGCAAGCGAGGCCGGCGUUGUUUCUUAAGUGAAUAACGAGCGUGAAAACGAAUUAAAUUCUUCACACCACUUCAGAAAAAGUGUAAUACAAAAAUUAACCGAAAGUAACACAAAAAAGUGAAAAGUCUUUUAAUUCAAUUUAAUUGAAGUGAUCUCUGCCAAAGAUAAGCGAAAGUGAAACAAGUGAUUUCGUUACAUACACAAAGGCGCUCAACCCAGUAUGCAGCGGUUACGAUUUAAAAAUAUGUCAACAAUCAAUGUGUGUUCACUAUUUGCAAUUUUACAUUUUUGCGCACUGCUUGCGCUAAGCACAGUCUCGGCGCUGCCUUACAACUACGAUGACAUACUCGAUUUGAGCGCCACGCGAUCUGAGAGCCAACCGAAUCAGUUGCAUCUCUGGCUAACAAUUAGCGCGCGACAUCGUUAUCUGGAGGUCUCGUGGAAGAAUGCACCUGCACACCACGACGAUCAUAUAUUGAUCACCACACAAGAGCCGCAGAAGUUUGAACGAAUCGAGUUUACUACCGGCACGCCGCUGGCGGCUUUCGACAAUGCGGAGGGCAGUGGUUUUGUGCCAGUCGAUGGCAUCACCGAGCGCACUACUUCCUCGCCAACACGCUACUUACUCGAACGCAGACACGACACGCAUUUGAAUGCAAGCAACACCUUCGAGGGCAGUGGUUACUCAGAUGGUUUGCCGACUGAAUUGCCACGUACAGCAGCAACACCGUCGCGUCAUUAUUGGAUUUCAAAUAAUGGUGCCAAUGAUAUUGUAGCUGCGCUACAACCAGGCGCCGCCUCACAAUGGUUCACUACCGGCGUGCCCUUCGAUUAUACAAUGUCCCGCAAUGUAACCGCCAAAACUGACUGCUAUGGCUACUGGGCGAGUUAUGUGAAUGGCAUUGGGGUGAUAUUGGGCAGCACUUGUUUGCGCGCUUAUCCUCGUUGGAUGCGUGAAAUGCAUACGGUAGUGGGUGGCAUGCGCUUGCGUGAUCUCUUCAUACCUGGCACGCAUGAUUCCGGUUCGUAUAGACCGAAUUUUGAUCCUCUGCUGCGUGAGACACUCGUCACUAAGUAUGCACUGACACAGGAUGAUGAUAUACGUGGUCAGUUGUUGCAUGGUGCGCGUUAUUUGGAUAUACGCGUCGGUUACUAUCGAAAUACACCCGACAAAUUUUAUAUCAAUCAUGGCGUAACGCGUCAGCGACCUCUAGCGGAAAUUAUCGAGCAAGUGAAGGAGUUUGUCUUGGAAACGAAUGAGAUUGUGAUAUUUGGGCUGAAAGAGUUUCCGGUUGGUUUCGGUAAGGGACUUGGCGUACAUCGGCUGUUGGUCAGUUUAUUACAACAACAAUUCGGUGAUAUUAUAGUUCAUCCAUCGGCAUCGUGGCGCGCCACAUUAAAUGAUAUUUGGUCACGACAGCAAAAUGUGAUUUUGGCUUACGAUAAGAGUGCAGUGGUGGCUGAAUUUCCGCACACACUGUUUGGUUCAGUGGAACAACGUUGGGGCAACGUGCAAACAUGGACGAAUUUGGAAAAGUAUUUGCGAUCAAUUAACAAAUUUGAUGUGUCUCGCUUAUCAAGUCGUCCCGUAGCGGAUAUGGCCGAACUUACGCCCGACACGUGGGGCGUUAUACUCGAUAAAUAUGGCGGUCUGCGAAAAAUGGCCGAUCAAGUGAAUUGGCGCAUUUCACAGCUUUAUCGCGACGAUUUGGGAGCAAAUGCGAAUAUCGUAGCGGUUGAUUUUAUACGUGGCACCAGCCUGAUGAAUAUUGCCAUGGAGUGGAAUAAACGAAAAGUGCCCUACUAUUAGAGGGGGGUAGAAAUAAAAUUUAAUAUACUGAAGGAAGACGCACAAAAAAAUAAGUAAAUAUUAUUUUUAUUCAUUAGGAUAUAAAUGCAAAUAACUUGGAAAAUUAUCAGGAUAGGUGAAAUGGUUGAAGUAUCAGACUGAUACUCCGCAAGUAGCGCCGGUUUGGUAAUUAUCAGGGUUAAACAACAACAAAAUGUUUGCAUAUAUUUUUCAUCUUAAUUGGCAAAUGCCAGUUAAUUUGCCCUUAAUUGUGAGGUGCCCUCUUAAAUUCAAAUCCUUUUGAUUGGUACUAUUGUACUUAUGUGUGCAUGUAAUUGUCGACGACAGUAGAUGAAGUAGAGCAAAAGAAUAUGCAACAUUUUUAUAAAGCUUUCUGAGGUACUCCUAGAUUAUCAUGAUGGUUGGUCCAAAUUAUUAGAAGAUUCAGAGAAAUUUAAAACCAAUUUCAAAAAGCAAUAAACAAUUGUUCUUACUGUCUACCUAUUACAAAAGUAAAUUUGACAACAAAAAAAAAUUAAGUCAAAUUACAAUUUUUCUUACUAACUAAAUACUAAAAUAUCGUUCUUAAAACGUUAAAUUACAAAAGACAGUUUCAUUGGGCAGAAAAACAUAGUUUAGGUAAUGUAAAAUCGAAUUCAAUAGAACUCGAGAUCCCAUUGAGUUCAUGAAGAGGGCGAGCAAUAGGAGCAUUGCACGCAUAAUUUGUUCUGAACCUAUUCAAAUGAAACGGAUAUUUAUUUCGUAAAGAUCUGGAAGGGACCGAAAAGUUAAUCAUUUCUAGAACAGAGGAACAGUCAAUUUCUCCCUGAUAAUAUUAAGCAAAAAAGGCAGGGACAAAAUCGAUCUUCUACUUUGUAGCUGUUUGAGAUUAAUUAGAAGUAAACGGGAUUUACAUAUAUCUAUGAUAGGACAGGAUCAAAGAAGUUCAGUUCUUUUUGUACCCGUUUCUGUCAAUAGAGAAUUGGUGGUAAGGUCUCCAAAUAAAUACGGUUUAUUCUAAUGUAGAUCGAACAAAUGCAGUAAAUAGCAACUUAGGAGUAUAAUAUCAUCAUCAUCAUCAUUGUUGGCUAGACAAACCUGGUCGGGUCUUCGCCUGUUGUAUCAUAUGCCUUCAAUUGUCUCGGUUUCGUGCCUGUGUCUUCCAUGCCCGAAAUCCCAAUAAGCCUACGAGUUCUUCUAUGCCAUCUAUCCAUCUAAGCGGCGGACGGUCCCUUCUUCCCUGAAUUUACCGAAGAGUAUUUGUUGAGGUGGGUAAUCCUUGUUAGCCCUCAAUAUGUGACCUGCCCAUUUCAGUGUGUUGAUCAUGAUUAUGGUUAUCACAGAUGGGUGCGUAUAUAGUUUUUCGAAUUCACGAUUGUAGCGUUUCCGCCACUCGCCUUUAUCGCAUAUUGCGCCAAAACUUUUCGCAGAACUCUACUCUCGAAAAUCAAUAGAUUCUGUUUAUUUGCAUCUUUGAGUGUCCACGUUUCACUCCCGUAUAUCAAGUUGGAAAUUAUUAUUGAGCGAAUAUUUGUUUUUCUGUCUAGGGGGCGACUCUUUAGGUGUUGACACAGUGAAAAAUAGCAGCGGUUGGCCAUAAGGAGUAUGUGGCCAUUUUCUGCAGAAAUUUUGUUGUCAUGAUUAAUGAUUACUCCAAAGUAUUUCAAUUCCUUCACUACUUCGAAACCAUAGUCACAGACUUUUAGUAUUUGACCCAUAUUGUGUCUGACAGAGUCCGAUGUAUGUAGUUGAAACUAGCGCUUUAGUUUUGGCUUCGUUUAUUUCGAAACCUAUACAUUUUGUUGCUCUCUCAAUACUUGCGAAGAUUUCUUUCAAACUCGGCAGCAAGGAUGCGAUUAUGUCAAUGUCGUCCGUGUAAGCCAGCAAUUGAACCGAUUUAAUCAAAAUAGUUCCUUUUGUGUUUACGGCAGAGUCCGUGAUACUUUUUCAAGUGCAAUAUUAAAGAGGAUACAUGAGAGCCGAAGUCCGUUCAAGGUAGCGAACUCUCGCGACAGAUUGUUCUGAACUCGUACUACGUUCCUUACAUUUUGCAUGGUCGAGCAUGUUAAACGUAUUAACUUAUCGGGAAUGCCGAAUUCUGUCAUCGCUAAGAAGAGCUGGUUCCUAAUUAUGCUGUCGAAAGCUGCUUUGAAGUCUAUGAAAAGAUGGUACGUCUUUUCUAAAAUCUGUCUUAGUACGAAAAUUAGGUCAAUCGUUGAUCUUCCCCCUUGAAAACUAGCCUGGUAGCUUCCAAUGAUGCGUUUAGCGUGCGGUUUAAGUCUAGCGCUUAGAAUAUUUGAAAAUAUUGUGUAAUUUUCACAUAUCAACAUGCCUCUUUUUUUGAAUAGAGGGCAAAUUAUUCCAAUUUUCCACAUCUUUAGCAUGCGUUCUUCAUUCCAGAUCAGCAAAUCAGCUGAUAUAUAGUUAGUAAGGAGGUUUUUAUUACUCAUGUGUUUAAAGACAGGAUUUGUUGUUUGUUUGGGCUAUAAUAGCCGCCAUGAACGCCUGAAAAGUAAGUUCUUCCACCUUUUAUGAAGACUUUAACUGUGGGUGUUCGGGUUCACUUAAGAGUAUAUAGGUCUGCAAAAUUCGAACUAUUCCUUGUUACAAAACCAAGAGUAGAGAUAGAAUAAAGUCUAUGUGAUUAAGAAAUGGAAAGCGUGCAUCAAACACAACCUCUAGAUUUUUGAUUUCUUCAGCAGAAUGGAGUAUAUCAUCGCCGAUGUUAAAAUCAGUAGGAAUUAAGUUACUUAUUUUUGAAAACGUGAGUUUAAAACAUUUUUGAAUAUGAAGCGAUAAUCGAGAACACUACACCAACUAAACACUAAACUAUUAACAUCAGCUUGCAGUUUAUUCAAAUCCGCCGGUUUUGAAAUAAUAGAAUAUAUUUUUAAAUCAUCCGCAAACAGAAGGAAGUUGACAAGAGAUAAAUAACUACGUAUAUCAUUGAUAAAUAAAACAAAAAGUAAGGCACCAAUAUAUUGCCUUGAUGUACACCAGAAGACGCAGAAAAAGCAGCAGACGAGGCACCAUCAACAUAAACUACACAAUCAGCCCUAUCAUAGAAUCCGUCGUAGAAAACCUUCCAAUACGAAUGUCUACUACGAAUACGAAGAAGUUGUAUUCGUGGGUUCCAUAUGAACCCAAUAAAGGGCUGCCAAACUCAAGUGUCAAAUUUUGAUUUUUCCACAACAGCUCACUAUGAUGUAAUCAAGACAAUUUAGGAAAUAAUCUGUGAGUUUUUUGACAAGUUAGUUGAAUUUUCCAAUUAAAAUGAUGACAUGUGCAGUUGUGUUAAUGGAGAAGGAAAGUGAGAGAAGCAAACGGAGUCUCAGAAUUGAGCGAAAAAUAUUGUGAGAUACAAGCAACCCUCUCGAUAUGGACAAACCAAUGUAAGUGCUUGUCUUUUUGUUAAAGAAAAAGUCUACUUAAGUCUACGGUUUAUCAAAAAUUACCGGUUAAAUGAAGCUGCAUUCACAUACGUUUUGAGUUUUAUUGAAGACAGCGCAAGCUCAGCGAGGUCGUCGUCCACAACUCCAGUUCUUCGACUAUCCUCUGUUUUACGGUUUCUUGCGGAGGGAGGCUAUCAGCACCGAGUUGCCAAAGAGUUAGCCUUGUACUAAAACACGUAUUGGUGUCACAUACAAACGCGAUUGUGUCCUCAGUGGGUAAAUCUCGACAUGAGUGCCAAUGAAAAACGGCAAAGCAAGAUGGAAUUCUAUCAAAAAUAUAGAUAACCGCAUAAUUUUGUGUGUGGAUGGGUCGCACAUAAAAAUUAUCUCCCCCACUAAAGAAAAAUUCCUCCACUACAACCGGAAGGGCUACUACAGUAACAAUGUCAUGAUUGAUUUCUCCUUUAUUAGCUCCAACAAUGUGGCAUACUGCUGCCGUGUUGAUAUAACUUUACACCUGUGGAGGUCACGGAAAAGUAGAUAUACUUCAAAAUUUCUUUUUAUUUAUAGUUUAGUUAAUAUAGGACUUACAUUUUACAGCUUUUUUUAUUUGUUUUCGUUUAAAUCCUCUUUUUAUUACUCGUUCUAAUUUUUGUCCGUUAGAAUAACGUCGUCGUAGCAAAAUUGUACGAAACUCUAAGAUUUGACAUUACGAAUGUAUUCGGUGAAUGCUACUCUACGAAUUUCGAAUGUACGAUUACAAUUUCUUAGUUUCUACGAAAAACAGUCUACGAUGAAUUGCAUGAUAGGGCUGUAUGUGUUUUACAAAAGUAAGAUCGCAGCCAAUCUAGAAAAACUGAGGGAAACCCAGAAAUAUAAGUUUAUCUAUUAGACAUAUUUUAAUAUCAACAACCUAUUUUCUUAAAAUCACUUAACUCGCAGUCUAUAUUGAAAAGUAUGUCACUCUGUUACUCAUCACAAAAUAACCAUAUUUUCUACAGCUUACGCAACUAAAAUUUUAACUUAAAAUGAUACCAAAGUAUUUUUAAAAAUAUGUAGUUGUGUACGUAUAGGCAAAAAAAUGUAAACAUGGAAUUAGAAUGACACAAAUUAAAAAAAUUGAUCAAAUGUAUAUCUUUUACAUUCUUACGAAUAUCAUAAAAUCAGUUGAGUUUGUCUCUAGUUUGUCUUCUUUUUCUGAAGAACUGCCUUAUAUACUAUAUGUAUGUACGUAUUUACAAACAGAUCUUAAGAUUAAUCCAGGGGCAUCUCCAAAAAUGUAAAGAACGCGAGCAAAAAGUUUCAAUACUUCUUUCUCGAUUUUUUAACUAUUCAGGGAUGCAAACUUGUGUUAAAUCAAUGCUGUCCAAAGAUCGCAGAAAGAUAUUUAAGAUAAGAAGAAACAUAUUUUUGUUUACACAAAAAUUAUUGCAGUAUUUUUAACGAAAUCCAAAUGUUUCAUUAUUAUUGGGAAUGGGAAAAAGUUUACCCUCGCAAAAGAGGUGUCGCUGCUGGUACUAUUUUUGUGUUCGCUCUAGUAAUAUACUGGUUGAAUAUUUGAAGGUGUAUAUGUGAGAUCUCGACCGCAGUAGUUGAUAUUCUUUUGAAGCGUAAAGAUCCUUUUUUAUCUGACGUCAAAAGUGUUUACGUUCGUCCCGAAAAAACAGCAUUUGCGGAAAGUCAUGCUUCAUUAUUACCAUUUAAAGAAAAGUGCCGCUGAAACGUGUCGUUUAUUGAUCAAUAUUUACGCUAAUCACGUUCACCAUCAAUUAAAACUUGUAAAGAGUGGUUUCGACGCUUCCAAAGUGGCAAUUUCGACGUGAGUGAUAAAGAUCGCGAAGGGGCACCGAAAUUUCGUAAAUUCGAAGACACUCAACUACAACAAUUAUUGGAUGGAGGUGCAUGUCGAACCCUUGAUGAUAUGUCUGAAGCGUUGGAUGUUGACAGAUAAACCGUCGGUAAACAUUUGCAUGCGAUGGGAAUGGUUCAGAAAGCAGGCAACUGGGUGCCACAUCAAUUGAAGGAGAGGGAUAUCGGGAGAAGUUUGGUGACGUGUGAGAUGCUUCUUGAACGGCAGAAGCGAAAAGGUUUUCUGCAUCGCAUCGUAUGUAUGGAUGUGUUAUGAUAACUCUAAGUGUGAACCAGGUCCAUCGAUAGGGGGAAAAAAUAUUCAUGCUUCAAAAGUUAUGGUGUGCAUUUGCUGGAAUCAGAAGGGUGUCAUUUAUUAUGAACUCCUUUAACAAUUUGAGACCAUCACUGGCGAUCGUUACCGACUGCAGCUAAUGCGUUUGAGUCGAGCGCUCAAAGAAAAGCGGCCGGAAUGGGACUGUCUACAGUCAACCGACAAACUGAUUUUGCUACAUGACAACGUCAGGUCACAUGUUGCUAAAUCGGUCUAGAAAUUUUUAGAGGGACUGAAUUGGGAAAUCUUGCCCCACCAGUUGUAUUUACUAGACAUUACACCUUCGAAUUACCAUCUGUGCCAAUCAAUGAAGUCAGCGCUUAUUGGAGAGCGAUUCAUUUCUUACGAGAGCAUCACAAACUAGCUCAGUUAAUGGAUCAAGUCAAAUGAACGCGAACUCUUUGUCAGAGGAAUUCGUAUGCUGCCUGAAAGAGCAAAGUUGUAGCUUCCGAUGGCACAUACUUCACAUAAAUCAUGUAUUAUUUAACUAUUUAAAUAAUUCGUAACUUUGGCUAAGAAAGGACGGAAACUUAUUCCCAUACCCAAUAUUUAGCUUACAGGUAUGUACAAAUACAUCCACUUAAGUUUUUGAAAUAAGUAAAUAAAGUUAUCUGAAAAAAUAAGAUCCACUGCAUAUGAAAAGGUCAAUAUUUUUAGUAGAUUUAUAUUUAAGAGCACUUUAAAGAUAUACCAAAUCAAAUAUUGCGUACUUUUUUAAAUAUUGUACAUUCACCAUUAAUCUUAAUAAAAAGAAGCACACAG